AUGAAAAUCAAAUUUUCAAUUAGCUUAUCGCUAAGUUUGCUUGCCACUUUCCCUACGCUUGCCUUCUCGGAAAAUAACAACAAGGUUGAUAUAUACAAUUCGUUUGACAAGAUAAAAAGAGACGUGGUCUUUAAUGAUGUUUUUGAUGUUAAGCAGGCAUUGCUAAACCAAGAAACUGAUGAUGAUGAUGAAAAAUGUCCGCCCUGCUUUAAUUGUAACUUGCCAAAUUUUCAAUGUACUCAAUUUUCUCAAUGCAAUCCAUUCACUGGUAUGUGUGAGUGCCGGGAUGGAUAUGGUGGAAUGGACUGUUCUGAGCCAUUAUGUGGAGCACUUUCAGAUGGGAAUAAGAAUAGGCCGAUGAGAAAAGCAAAUGAAACGUGCCAAUGUAAGAAAGGCUGGAAGGGUAUUAAUUGUAACAUGUGUGUAAAUGACGAGUCAUGCGACGCUUUCAUGCCAGAAGGUUUAAAGGGUACAUGCUAUAAGUCUGGGAUUAUCGUUAAUAAGUUCCAUCAGAUGUGCGAUGUUACUAAUAAGAAGAUUAUCUCUAUUUUAAAAGGACAAAAGCCCCAAGCUACUUUUAGUUGUAAUAAGACUGCUGCUGCUUGUGACUUUCAGUUUUGGAUUGAUCAAAAGGAAUCAUUCUAUUGUGACCUUGAUCAGUGUGAAUUCGAAUAUGACUUGAAUUCUAACAGCACGCAUUAUAAAUGUAAUAAGGUAGCAUGUAAAUGUUUACCUGGUAGAAUGUUAUGCGGUGAGGCAGGAUCAAUUGAUAUUUCUGACUUCUUGACUGAGACCAUUACAGGUCCUGGUGAUUUUUCCUGUGAUAUCAACGAUAAGAAAUGUCGUUUCUCAGAACCAAGCAUGAAUGAUUUAAUCUCGUCAGUAUUUGGUGACCCAUUCAUUACAUUACAAUGUAAAUCAGGUGAAUGUAUUCAUAAAAGUGAGAUUCCCGGCUACGAUUUACCUGAUAAAAAUAGACUCUCACUUAGUAAUUUAGUGAUGAUCAUUGGAGUUGCUUUCUUAUGUGGUUUGGUUAUUGUGACGUCGCUUUAUAAUAUUUCAAAGACACCUUUAUUCAAGACUAACGACAGUGAUUCUUAUGAGCCUAUAGAAGGAGAAUUCAAUGCAUUAAAUGAAAACUUCACGCCGACUACACUUUCUUUCGAAAAUAUAAGUUAUGAGGUGAAAACUGGCCAACAGGUUUUAAAUAAUGUAUUCGGAUUAGUCCGUCCUCGUGAAUGUUUAGCUAUUAUGGGUGGUUCAGGUGCAGGCAAAACAACUUUACUAGAUAUUUUGGCCGGCAAAAAUAAAAAUGGGAAUGUCAAAGGUCAAAUUUACAUAAACGGUAAUUCAUUAGACCCGAAAGACUACAAAAAGAUGGUGGGGUUUGUGGACCAAGAAGAUCAAUUAAUUUCUACAUUGACUGUUUAUGAAACUGUUUUGAAUAGUGCGUUACUUAGGUUACCAAGAAAUAUGAGCUUAAGAGCCAAAGAAACUAGAGUUAUUGAAGUCCUUAGUGAAUUACGAAUUUUAUCAAUUAAAGAUCGCAUCAUUGGCUCGGAUUUCAAAAGAGGCAUUUCAGGAGGUGAAAAGAGAAGGGUUUCUAUUGCAUGUGAAUUGGUUACAUCUCCAUCAAUCUUAUUUUUAGAUGAACCUACUUCUGGAUUAGAUUCAUAUAAUGCAAGGAAUGUUAUUGAUUGUUUGGUCAAGUUAUCCAGGGACUUUGAAAGGACGAUAAUUUUUACCAUCCAUCAGCCUAGAAGUAAUAUUGUUUCUUUGUUUGAUAAGUUGCUUUUAUUAAGUGAAGGUGAUUUGAUUUAUUCGGGAGAUAUGAUUAAGUGUAAUGAUUUUUUCUCUAAAAAUGGAUAUAAAUGUCCAUUAGGAUAUAACAUUGCUGAUUAUUUGAUAGAUAUUACUGUGGAUCAUAAAAAAUUACUUAAAGUUGAGAAGUCUAAAAAUGCAAACAAUUUGUUAAGUUCUAGUAAUGAUCUUGAAAACUUACCUGGUGACACGGAAAUUGACCCCCAUCAAGCAUUUGUCAAUCCAAAUGCAACUGAUAUAGAUACAACACAAGAAUGGGAGCAUUUUGCAGUUCAUAGAGACGAAUACAAUUAUAGUACAGUCCGCCAAAAACAAGAUAAAACUGGAGAAGAAGAAACUUAUAUACAAAUUAGAAACAAACUACCAACAAUUUACAACGAAUCAUCUUUGGCACUUGAAUUGAAACAAGAUAUAAAUGAUUUAAAGGACAAUCCUACCAGGAUAGAAUUUAAGAAUCAAUACCAGAAGGCAACAUUUUCAAGCCAAUUAUUAAUUUUGGCAUCUAGAACAUUUAAAAACUCUUACAGAAACCCUAAAUUAUUAUUAAGUCAUUACAUUAUAUCUUUGGCAAUGGGUGCAUUUUGUGGAUAUUUGUAUUAUGAUGUUGAAAACGAUAUAAGUGGCUUCCAAAAUAGAUUGGGAUUGUUUUUCUUUGUAUUGGCAUUAUUUGGAUUUUCGGCACUAACUGAAUUGCAUUCAUUUUCUACUGAGCGAAUUAUUUUCAUUCGUGAAAGAGCUAAUAACUAUUAUCAUCCACUAAGCUAUUACUUGAGUAAGAUAAUUUGUGAUAUUAUACCUCUUAGAGUAUUGCCACCAAUAAUUUUGGUCAGUAUUCUUUACCCAUUGGUGGGAUUAACGAUGGAAAAUAAUGGUUUCUUAAAAACCAUCCUAGUAUUGGUCAUGUUCAAUAUUUCUAUAGCAGCAGAAGUCUUGGUUGUUGGUAUUUUACUUAAAGAACCUGGUACUUCCACCAUGGUCGGAGUUUUAGUAUUAUUAUUUUCCUUAUUAUUUGCUGGUCUUUUUAUUAAUAGCGAAAAUGUUGCUGUUCAAAUUAAAUGGUUAGAAUGGAUUUCAAUAUUCCAUUACGCAUAUGAGGCAUUAGCAAUCAACGAAGUCAAGGAUUUAAUCUUAAAAGAAAAGAAGUACGGGUUAUCAAUCGAAGUUCCUGGUGCCGUGAUCUUGAGUACUUUUGGCUUCAAUGUAUCAGCUUAUUGGAAAGAUGUAUCUUGCUUAGCUGUCUCAAUCGUCGCAUUUUUGAUUCUUGGUUACAUAUUUUUACAUUGGUUAAUGGUAGAGAAAAGAUAA